AUGAUUGUAGGGUUGAUAAUUGUAUUGAGUCAAACAUUAUUCUUCUCAAUCCACACCGUGUAUUAUUUGAAUUAUGUGAAAAAUGCAAACGUGUCAGAAUCCACAAAAGCAUUGCAGAGAAAGUUCUUGAGAUAUGUCACUAUGCAGAUGACAAUACCCUACACUGUUCUUGUUGGUCCAAUUGUGUAUUCUUUGUAUGCUGAUCGAAAUGAUUAUUAUAACCAAACUCUCAACAAUUUCUCAAUGAUCUUCAUGGCUGUUCAUGGAUUUCUGAGCAACUCGUGCACAUUAUUCAUCAUUAAACCAUUUCGAGAGUUCGUCAAUAGCCUGAUUAGAGGAAAUAAUGAAUACAAUGCAAGUGAAAUGUGGGCAACACAUGCAAAUGCUCCACCAGUAUCAGCGCGACUGGGAAGUUUAGUGGAUUGA